AUGGAACGCUACAAUAUUUUGACAUCCCAUAUUCUGCACAGUGAGCUUACAUGUCCUGAAAACGCAACGACUUGUAAUGGAACAUCCUGUGUAUUGCCUCCCGACAAUUUCAAUGCUAUUCUCAACACAGUUUUGAGUACUGUCAUCACAAUCAUGUUAGCACUGGUCAUGUUUUCAAUGGGCUGCACUGUGGAGGUAAAGAAAUUUUGGGGCCACAUAAUACGCCCUUGGGGCAUAGCAGUAGGAUUCCUCUGUCAGUUUGGAAUAAUGCCCCUCACUGCUUUUAUAUUAGCUUUGGCAUUUGACGUUCAUCCAGUUCAAGCUGUUGUAGUUUUAAUCAUGGGUUGUUGUCCUGGUGGAACUGGUUCCAACAUCUUGGCAUAUUGGGUAGAUGGAGACAUGGAUUUAAGUAUAAGCAUGACAACUUGUUCCACACUCCUUGCAUUAGGCAUGAUGCCACUAUGCCUCUUCCUCUACACUAAAACAUGGGUUGAUUCUAGUUCCAUCAUUAUUCCUUAUGACAGUAUUGGCAUUGCUUUAGUCUCUCUUGUUGUUCCAGUUGGAGUUGGAAUUUUUGUCAAUUACAAAUGGCCGCGAGUGGCCAAAAAAAUCCUUAAGAUAGGAUCCAUUACAGGAGGUAUCCUUAUUGUACUUAUAGCUGUUAUAGGUGGAGUUUUGUACAAAGGAUCAUGGGACAUUGCCCCUAAAUUGUGGAUCUUAGGGACAGUAUUUCCAGCUGCGGGUUUUGUUUUUGGCUUCUUGUUGGCUUAUAUAUCUAACCAAACAUGGAGCAGGUGCCGAACAGUCUCAUUGGAAACAGGAAUGCAAAAUACUCAACUUUGUACCACAAUUAUUCAGCUUUCCUUUACGCCAGAGCAGCUUAGCUUGAUGUUCACUUUCCCACUUAUCUACAGUAUUUUCCAGAUGGCGUUUGCCGCAAUACUACUAAUAGGAUACCGCUUGACCUUGUAUUUUGGUAAAAACAAGACCGAUAAUAAUAUUGAAGAAAAUAAACCAGAUUCACUUAACGGAGAGACAAAUUCAGGGUUCCAGUUGGAUGAGAAGACGAGUAAUGGGAUUUAGCAACUUAAGAUAAUGCUGCUACGUAGCCAAGAAUAUUAACAUACCGUAUAUACUCGAGUAUAAACCGACCCGAAUAUAAGCCGAGGCCCU